AAAAAAAAAAAAAAAAAAAAAAAAACCAAAACAAGGCGAUCAACAAACCAGAGUCUUGGUUGGCUGGCUGGUUUUUGUUGCGAUGCUCUUUUUCGGGGGAGGAGGGGGGGGAGGACAGAGCACGCCCGCGACCCCGCGCGCGGACCGGCGGCGGCGUCUAGGUCCGCCCGCGGCGAUUGUUCAUUUUCGAGCUGCGCCGGAGCCUGACCAGCGUCUCGCGCUCCCGCUGGAGACAGGACCGGGAGGAGGCGGGGGAGGGGCGGCGCAGGGCGGGGGAGCGGCUGGUGCCCGCGGCUCCACCUCGCCGCCAGGGCCCCUCGCCGCGCGCCCCGGGAGCGGGAGGGCGCGGGGCGCGGCUCAGGCCCGGGCGGCGGGGCCCGCGGGCGGCGGCGCGCGUGGCUGCACCGAUCCCGGCCGGGCCGGGCGGCGGCACUGCGGCGGCGGCGUGCGCUCCGGGCCCCGGCAGGCGCGCGGCCGCCUAGAGAGGGGCGCUGGCAGCCGCGCGCGCGCACGAGGGGACCCCGGGGCGCCCUGCCCCUCCCCCGGCCCGGGGUCCGGCCGGCGCGCCCCAGCCUCCCCUGGCAGGGGCUGGGAUUUAAAGGGACAGGAACUGCGUAACGGGAAGGAACAGGGCACCGCGAGCGCACGCCGCGGCCAGCAGCCGGGACGAGUCGCGGGCGCCGCAGGCAGUGGAGGAGGGCCGCGCGAUCCCCACCCCGUUAGCCAAGGGGAUGCCAGUACCGUGGCCCGAGCUGGCCACGACUUGACGGCGGCGAGGCUCCUGCAAACCACAGGUGGUUUCUCCCUGUGA